UAUAAAUCCAUUGUCCAGCGCGAGCUCGUAAGGGACCUGUCGGCUCCUCGUGCUCUCCUCACAGCAUCUCUUCGCUCCUGUCUUAGAAAACUUUCAUCUCCAUCAUGAGGGAAAUCGUGCACAUCCAGGCCGGUCAGUGCGGUAACCAGAUCGGUGCCAAGUUUUGGGAAGUGAUCAGUGAUGAGCAUGGCAUUGAUCCCACGGGGACUUACCACGGAGACAGUGACCUGCAGCUGGACCGGAUCAGCGUCUACUACAAUGAGGCCACAGGAGGUAAAUAUGUACCAAGAGCAAUUCUUGUGGAUCUGGAGCCUGGAACUAUGGACUCUGUGAGGUCUGGACCCUUUGGACAGAUCUUCAGACCUGAUAAUUUUGUGUUUGGUCAAAGCGGUGCGGGAAAUAACUGGGCCAAAGGUCACUACACAGAAGGAGCCGAGUUGGUGGACUCUGUCCUGGAUGUGGUCCGCAAGGAGUCAGAGAGCUGCGACUGCCUGCAGGGCUUCCAGCUCACCCACUCUCUUGGUGGAGGAACUGGGUCCGGUAUGGGAACCCUCCUCAUCAGCAAGAUCCGUGAGGAGUACCCUGACCGGAUCAUGAACACCUUUAGCGUGGUGCCUUCCCCAAAGGUGUCGGACACAGUGGUUGAGCCCUACAAUGCUACUCUGUCAGUCCACCAGCUGGUAGAGAACACAGACGAGACUUACUGCAUUGACAAUGAGGCUCUGUAUGACAUCUGCUUCCGCACACUGAAACUGACCACACCCACCUAUGGUGACCUUAACCACCUGGUGUCUGCCACCAUGAGCGGUGUCACCACCUGCCUGCGAUUCCCAGGCCAGCUCAACGCCGAUCUCCGCAAACUGGCCGUUAACAUGGUGCCUUUCCCUCGUCUCCACUUCUUCAUGCCCGGUUUUGCCCCUCUCACUAGCCGGGGCAGCCAGCAGUAUCGUGCCCUGACUGUUCCGGAGCUCACCCAGCAGGUGUUUGAUGCCAAGAACAUGAUGGCCGCGUGUGACCCGCGCCAUGGCCGUUACCUGACAGUGGCCGCUGUGUUCCGCGGCCGCAUGUCCAUGAAGGAGGUGGAUGAGCAGAUGCUGAACGUGCAGAACAAGAACAGCAGCUACUUUGUAGAGUGGAUCCCCAACAAUGUGAAGACCGCCGUCUGCGACAUCCCGCCCCGUGGCCUGAAGAUGGCCGUCACCUUCAUCGGUAACAGCACGGCCAUUCAGGAGCUAUUCAAGCGCAUCUCUGAGCAGUUUACAGCUAUGUUCCGGCGCAAGGCCUUCUUGCACUGGUACACGGGCGAAGGUAUGGAUGAGAUGGAGUUCACAGAGGCAGAGAGCAACAUGAACGACCUGGUGUCCGAAUACCAGCAGUACCAGGAUGCUACUGCUGAGGAGGAAGGUGAGUUUGAGGAGGAGGCUGAAGAGGAUGCUUAAAGAAGGGAAGUCGAGAAGUCAUUGCCAAACUGAAACUAUGAAAGGAACAAACCACAAGUAAUCAUCACCCCCACUUAGAGUCAAGAUCAUUACUAGGAUAACUUAACUGUGUUCAAGCAUUAGGUUGCAGUAGAAAUCCCCUGUUGUUCAGUACCAAUAAAUUCAUCAUACUAAACUA